AUGUCAAUCAUUCUUCGCAUUGCGGUAUGGGGUGCUGGCAUAUGGUUUCUUCUCUUCUUAUGGAAUCACAUUAUUCAUCCGCUUGCCAAGUUUCCAGGACCACGUAUCGCCUCGUUUACCAACCUCUGGAAAGUAUACCAUAUCUGGCGUGGAGAUUUGGAGAAGGUUCUAUUACACCGUCAUGAGCAGCAUGGCGAUGUGGUAAGAGUUGGGCCAAAUCACCUGGAUUUCAACAGUAGUAGUGCUGUGACUACCAUACUCGGAUCAGGGCGUUUGUUUCAGAAAAGUGCAUUUUACGAUGCCUUUAACGCCCUGAGACCUAAUCUUUUCGGAACGCGAGACGAAGACAUUCACUCCACAAGACGAAGGGCUGUAGCGAAAAGCUUCUCUGCGCAAGCGGUCUCUAAAAUGGAGAAGUACAUGGACGAAUGCAUGGUCAAGUUUGUCGCGAGACUCGACCGUGCAGCCGUUCACGGAGAGAUAAUUGAUAUCAAGUUAUGGAUUAGCUUCUUUGUGAUGGAUGUUUUAGGGGAACUUGCGUUUGCUCGAUCUUUUGAGCUUCUCGAUGCAGGUCCAGAGGGAUCGAUGCCUCCGUUGAAAGAACAUGUCCUCCUAGCCACUAUUUCGGGGCAAGUUCCCUGGAUUAUUCCCCAUAUCAAUCAGAUUGCAGCGCUCCUACCGUUCGGUCCUCUGAGGAAGAUGAUGACGGGGCGGAAGGUGCUUCGUGAGCCACAGCGCGCGGUUGACUGCGUGAAUGCUCGCCGAUACGAUUGUUCGCAGAGACCAGAUCUUCUGGGUCGGCUCCUGGGGCAGUUGGAAGCCGGCCACGACUCUAGUGGGCGCUGUUUCGACAUCGUUGAUGUACAAACUGAAGCAUUUGGAUUCAUAGUUGCAGGCUCGCAUACGACAGCUGCAAGCACCACCUUGCUUCUUUGGCAUAUGCUUCAUCAUCCAGAAACAGUGAGACGCGUGGGGGAGGAAAUACAGUCGCUGACGUCUGUCGACGGUAAUGCUGUGUAUCCGUUUGAGGCUUUGAAACGCCUGAAGUAUCUCCAGGCUGCAAUAUCUGAGGGCUUCAGGGUCAAUCCUGUGUUCAUUGCACCGCUCAUGCGAGUGGUACCAAGCCAUGGCCAUGAUAUUGCUGGAGCUUUUGUACCAGGGGGGACUGAAGUGAGCGUAUGCAAUCAUGUUGUGCAUCACAAUGGAGACAUAUUCGGUUCUGAUCUGCACAAGUUUAUGCCGGAGCGAUGGUUUGAUGCGGAAUUUUCCGGUGCUGCCAAUCUAAUCACAUUCGGCGCAGGGCAUCGAGCCUGCAUUGGGAGGAAUAUCGCAAUGGCUGAAAUUUCGAAGCUGAUUGCUACCCUCUUAUCUCGAUAUGAUAUUGAAUCCGUUGAUAAAGACAGGUUGGAACAAGACAUCGAGACACUCGAGUUAACAUUGCUCCUACGGUGA